AUGGCUACGAAGGUUGCAGUCGUAACUGGAUCUAACAAGGGUAUCGGGUACGCAAUAGUACGCGGUCUUUGCAAGCGAUUUGAUGGAGUUGUGUAUUUAACAGCGAGAGAUGUUGAGCGAGGAAAGAAAGCGGUAGAAGAGCUUAACAAGGAAGGUUUGAAGCCAGAGUUUUACCAGCUAGACGUCACAGAUAAGAAGAGUCUUGAAAGUUUCCGGGAUUAUAUCAAGAGUAAAUAUGAAGGAAUCGAUAUUUUAGUUAACAAUGCCGCUAUUGCUUUUAAAAAAUCUGCCACAGAGCCGGCGUCUGUUCAAGCUGAACAGACGCUCUUUGUGAACUACUUCUCUUUAGUAUCAACGUGUGAUGUAUUGUUUCCGCUAUUGAAAAACGGCGCACGGGUGGUUAAUGUAUCUAGUUCCAUGGGCCACUUGAGUUUAAUUCCAAGUAAGGAUUUGAGAGACAAACUCAAAGACGAGAACCUGACGAUUCCAGAGCUUUCUAAGUUAAUGCAGCAAUAUGUGGACGCUGCUAAGGAAGGAACUCAUGCUGCUGAGUGGGGCAACUCCUCAUAUGCGGUGUCUAAAGUGGGCGUGAGUGCCUUGUCCAACAUUCAACAGAGAAUAUUAAAUAGUAAAGACAUCAAAGUGAACUCUGUACAUCCAGGCUAUGUAGACACGGACAUGUCAUCACAUACGGGCCCCUUGACUGUAGAUCAAGGAGCUGCGGCACCACUGUUCCUGGCACUGGACGCAGAUGACACAGUUCGUGGAAAAUAUGUUUGGUACACUAAGGAAAUCGUUGAUUGGGAUGGAGUAAAACCUGAUGAAAAAUAUUAG